UCACGGGGUGAGGGAGGGGGGUGAAUCUGCAGGACUCAGCUCACCACGCCUCGGUACGGUUAAGUUCGUCAGCCAUAUUGACUGUCUGUACCUCUUCGCCGGUCGUGGGAGCCUGGCGGACGAGUCUCCACCGCGGAAGCCUGUAUCGCGGUACACUCUCGGUACGCACAGUGUCCGGUAAACAGCGCAGAGGACGGGAAGGUGAAACGCUCUAUUUUUACUCGCUGUGGAUAUAUAAAGUACUGCUGCCAGCUGGAGGGGGGGACAGUUGGACACAUCCUCAGCGCAGCCAGGCGUUAGAGGCGCUGGUGCCCCGGAGAGAGGCAGGAAGACGGAGGACGACUUCUUUCUGUUUUCUCAGCAACAGGGGACGGGCGGAGAGAGGAGAAAGAUGCCCAAACCGAUCAAUGUGCGCGUCACCACCAUGGACGCUGAGCUGGAGUUUGCCAUCCAGCCCAGCACGACAGGCAAACAGCUCUUUGACCAGGUGGUGAAGACGGUGGGUCUGAGGGAGGUCUGGUUCUUUGGCCUGCAGUACACAGACAGCAAAGGCUACGUCACGUGGCUCAAACUCAACAAGAAGGUGACUCAACAGGAUGUGAAGAAGGAGAAUCCCCUGCAGUUUAAGUUCAGAGCAAAGUUCUUCCCAGAGGAUGUUUCUGAGGAACUCAUCCAGGAGAUCACACAGAAACUCUUCUUCCUGCAGGUGAAGGAGGCCAUUCUGAAUGAUGAGAACUACUGUCCCCCAGAGACAGCCGUGCUGGUGGCCUCCUACGCUGUCCAGGCCAAAUACGGAGAUUACAACAAAGACAAUCACAAGCCUGGCUACCUGGCCUCCGACCGGCUACUGCCACAAAGAGUUCUGGAGCAACACAAGCUGACAAAGGAGCAAUGGGAGGACAGAAUACAGACCUGGCAUGAGGAGCACAGAAGCAUGCUCAGGGAGGAUGCGAUGAUGGAGUAUCUGAAGAUAGCUCAGGACUUGGAGAUGUACGGUGUCAACUACUUUGAAAUUAAAAACAAGAAGGGCACAGAACUGUGGCUGGGGGUCGACGCCCUGGGACUCAACAUCUACGAGCACGAAGACAAGUUGUCACCAAAGAUCGGCUUCCCCUGGAGUGAGAUCAGAAACAUUUCCUUCAACGACAAGAAGUUUGUCAUCAAGCCCAUAGACAAGAAAGCUCCAGACUUUGUGUUCUACGCCCCCCGGUUGCGGAUCAACAAGCGCAUCCUGGCGUUAUGUAUGGGAAACCAUGAGCUGUACAUGAGGAGGAGGAAGCCCGACACCAUCGAGGUGCAGCAGAUGAAGGCUCAGGCCAGAGAGGAGAAGCACCACAAACAGAUGGAGAGAGCGCAGCUGGAGAACGAGAAGAAGAAGCGCGAGCAUGCAGAGAAGGAGAAGGAGCGGAUAGAGCGAGAGAAGGACGAGCUGAUCGAGAGGCUGAGGCAGAUCGAAGAGCAGACACAGAGAGCUCAGAAAGAGCUGGAGGAGCAGACUCGCAAGGCGCUGGAGUUGGAGCAGGAGAGGAAGCGGGCAAAGGAGGAGGCAGAGCGGCUGGAGAGGGAGAGGCAGGCGGCAGAGGAGGCCAAGGCAGCACUGGCUCAGCAGGCUGUCGACCAGAUGAAGAACCAGGAACAACUGGCUGCUGAGUUAGCUGAGUUCACUGCCAAAAUUGCUCUGCUUGAGGAAGCGAAGAGGAAAAAAGAAGAUGAAGCAACAGAAUGGCAACACAAAGCUCUGUCAGCACAAGAGGACCUGGAGAAGACCAGGGAGGAGCUGAAGACGGCCAUGACGUCUCCGCCGGCGCCGGAACACGAUGAGCAGGAUGAAACGAACGCAGAGGCGAGUGCCGAGCUGCUCAGCGACGGCGUCACCAGCCACCGCAGUGAAGAGGAACGCAUCACUGAGGCGCAGAAGAAUGAACGUGUCAAGAAACAGCUACAGGCUCUGAGUUCAGAGUUGGCCGAGGCCCGGGAUGACACCAAGAAAACGCAGAACGACAUGCUCCAUGCUGAGAACGUCAGGGCAGGCAGAGACAAGUACAAAACCCUGCGCCAGAUCCGCCAGGGCAACACCAAGCAGCGUAUUGAUGAGUUUGAGUCCAUGUGAGCCAGGAAGAAGGGUGGACACAACGAUGAAAAGAGACAGUUAGUCUCGUUGCCAUGUCAACGCCUCACUUUCCUUGUAAAGCCCAAAACCUGCUGCCACCCCAGGAACUCCUGCUGUUUUUUCUAUCCAGGAGAAAGACCGGCUAACGGGCUUCGUAGCUUCAGCCUCGCCAAAGCUCUGCCUAGAAGCGGUUGGCCAAUCACACUGCUACCUGCUUUUUAGAGCUCCGCCCCCACCCCAACGAAGCACACUUCUUUUAAUCUGUCUGAAAAAUAGCAAGCAACAUAUCCUGUUAAACAUGGACUUCUCCCUUCUACAAUACUGACAGUUUUAAUGCUUGCAUGUAUGUUAAUUAAAGAACAACAGGACUGUUAGACAAAAUGAGAGACUGGACAGAAUUUGUUGAUAUCGUGCUUUUACUCAACAAAAUAAAAUGGCCAUUUGUAGCUUGUUGAUGUUGCCGGCACGCUUGUCCGUAAAGCUUUAAUAUCUGUACCUUACUUUUACUUCUUUUGUCAGUUGAACAAUUUAAAUAAUUUGUUUAAAAAAAAGAAACGCCUUAUUCGUCUCAUUUCCUUCCCGUCUAGUAUUACUUUUUGUCAUUUUGUGUUGGGAAAGUUAGCCUGCUCAGUUCUGCUGUCAGUGUCGUGGAUCUGUUAAUGUUGCAUCGGCUAACUUAUAUCCUUGAAUGGCUGUCAGUUUGCAAAUGCUCACUGUGAGAGUUGUGAGCAAACAGAUAUGCAAACUAAAUUUGCUUAUUUUAUAUUCUUAAUGUGCUGGCAUCCUCCAUCCAUUAAGACAUUUGUUCAAAUAUAUAUUUUGCCCCACAAUAAAGAAUCCAUUUAUAUUUCCUAUGCAGCUACAGUAUGA